AUGGUUUUGAAACUCUGGGUGGGCAUUUCCCAGGCGGACAACGUAUUCCAAUCGCUACGUCCGCUAACCUACAUCUCUCUGGUGGGUCUGGCACCAUUUCGACUGAAUCUGAAUGCGGACAAGGAAGUGCAUACGUCCACAUACUCCUUUAUUGCCGGCAUUGUGCACUAUUUGUUCUUUGUGGGCUGCUUCAUCUCAUCGAUUCGGGAGGGUGACUCCAUCAUCGGAUACUUCUUUCAGACAAACAUAACGAAACUGAGCGAUAGCACAUUGAGAUUGACAGGUAUCAUUGCCAUGUCCACGAUAUUCGGUUUCGCAAUGUUCAGGCGUCAGAAACUGGUCAGCAUAAUCCAAAACAACAUUGUGGUGGAUGAAAUUUUUGUACGGCUCGGCAUGAAGUUGGACUAUCGACGCAUCUUAUUGUUUAGUUUUCUUAUUUCCCUGGGCAUGGUGAUCUUCAAUGUGAUCUAUUUGUGUGUGAGUUUUAGUUUGCUAAUCAGUGCUACAAUUUCGCCAUCAUUUGUCACAUUCAUGGCCUUUGCUCUGCCGCACAUCAACAUUAGUUUAAUGGUCUUCAAGUUUCUUUGCACCACUCACUUGGCGCAAAGUCGAUUUAGCAUGGUGAAUGAGAUUUUACAAGACAUUCUAGAUGCCCAUAUUGAACAGAAUGCCGCUCUAGAGUUGUCACCAAUGCAUUCGGCAGUCAAUCACCAGCGUUGUGCGCAUCGUCUACGGAAUAUGAUCAGCACACCAAUGCAACGCUACAGUGUUACCUCGAUUAUACGCCAGAAUCCGGACUACGCCAUGAAACAAGUAUCUAAUAUACACAAUCUGUUGUGCGAUAUUUGUCAGACUAUCGAGGAGUACUUCACCUAUCCGCUGUUGGGCAUCAUUGCCAUCUCAUUUCUAUUUAUACUCUUUGAUGAUUUCUACAUUUUGGAAGCGAUGAUGAAUCCCAAGCGCUUGGAUUACUUUGAAGCCGAUGAAUUUGCCUUCUUCUUAAUCCAAAUGAUAUGGUACAUUGUCAUUAUUUUUCUUAUUGUGGAGGCCAGCAGUAAAACCAUUAGGCAUAGCAGUUAUAGUGCAGCUAUUGUUCACAAGAUUCUUAAUAUUACCGAUGAUCUGGAACUGCGCGAUCGCCUCUUUCGCUUGUCUCUGCAGUUGUCGCAUCGCAAAGUCAGCUUUACGGCCGCAGGAUUGUUUCGCUUGGAUCGUACGCUUAUAUUUACGAUAACUGGCGCAGCCACUUGCUACCUCAUCAUACUUAUACAGUUUCGAUCCAUGCAUGAGACUCAAUCUGCCACUAAUGCUACGAACAAUAUGUAACAAUUUCGAAGUUGACUCAAACUAUUUAUGUAUGUGCUGCAUCCUAUUUUAUGAAACGAUUUGUUAACCUGCUUAAUCUGUCAUUUAUUGCACUUCUGACAAUAGAUGUAUAAUGCCUGUAUACUUAUC